AUGGCGCUCCCAGAGGCUGGUGAGGAAGUGAUACCCAUGAGGCCGGAGGUGUGGGCACUCUUGGCCAAGGCACUCUAUGACAACCUUCCUGACUGCUCUGACGAGCUGGCUUUCUGCAGGGGAGACAUCUUGACCAUUCUGGAGCAAAAUGUGCCUGAAAACGAGGGCUGGUGGAAGUGUGUGCUCCACGGCAGGCAAGGCCUGGCCCCUGCCAACCGCCUCCAGAUGCUCACAAAGGCCCCUACAGACAGGCCCUGUGCCCCUCUCCUGGGAGGCCUGCAAGCAGCUCUGGCCAGCUCGGAGGAAGCCUACCAGGUGCCCUCCCUGCUUGGCCCUCCAACUCCAGGCCCCGUGUACGAGCAUAUGAAGAGCUGGGUUGAAGCGCCCCCGCCAUCCACCGCCCAAGUCUACGAACUCCUUGACCGGCCUCCCAGGGCUAGAAUUGUCUGUGAAAAGACUCUAAGCUUUCAGAAACAGACCCUCUGCACACUUCCCAGACCCAUGCACGCCUCGUGGCCAGCUCCGCCCUGCCAGGUGUAUGACGUACCUGCCCAGAACCGAGUCCACUCAGCCCUUAAGGAGUGUGAGAAGCAGCAGUUAUAUGACAUCCCACCCAGUCCCCAGAAGGCAGGACUGCGGCCGCCAGCCAGCCAAGCCAGUGGACACAGUGUUUCCCUGACAUCACCGGUCAUUCAAAGGGAGGGCUAUAAUUCAUUACCAAUCCCGCAGAAAUCAGAAUGGAUUUAUGACACUCCAGGAGCUCCAAAAAAAGCCAGUAUGAGAAAUUCACCUCUGAGCAGCUUGGUGGAGGAAAGAGGGUCCCAUCCUCCGCUUGGGCUUCUGUCUGCUUUCCACAGUCCAUCCCCAGACAGCAGGACAAGGUCCCUCAAUCAGCAAGUGUAUAAAGAUGUGCCCCGGCAGAAAAAACUCAGUCUUCCAGAAAUUUCUGUUUCUGGCCUUCCAGCCCCCAGGGGCACGUAUGCCUGGGAUGACGGUGUCAGCUACAAGGUUCCCUCAAGCUUUCUGGUUUUACGAGCGGAGCAGCGGAACACCAAGCCAAACAUUUACGACGUCCCUAAAGCCAUGUCCAGCAUCCCUCGGGGUGUGAAAGAGCCAGCAAAAGCAGGUGGUGUUACAGAGACGUCCGGUAGCCCCACAUGGCUCUGCACAUGGGCCGCCUCCAGAUCCCCUGAGCCCGACAGCUUGCUGGUUUCCAGCUCCGACAGCAGCAGGGCCAGUGUGGUUUCCUCAUGCUCCUCCAUGUCCACUGAUUCCUCCUCCAGCUCCUCCUCAGAGGAGCUGGCCAAGGAGCUGUCCGUGGACCUGAACGUGGCCAGGGAGACUGUGACAGCCCUGCAGCACAAGGUGGCCAGUGCUGUGGCAGGCCUGAUGCUCCACGUAAGCAGGAAGUGGAGGUGCAGGGAGUACCUGGAGGCCAACAUCAGUGCAGUGCACAGGGCUGUGGACCACACAGAAGAAUCUUUACGGGAAUUUCUGGAUUUUGCCCGAGGGGUCCAGGAGCUCACCUGUAACCUCAGUGACAGUAACCUCCAGGCCAGAAUCAAAGAUCAGCUCCAGGCCAUCGCCUGCUCCUACCAGAUCCUGCGUGAAACCAAGCAGGGCCUGGACAGCUGCCACUGGUCCCUCGAGGUUCUUGCGACAGAGCAACUUCCAAACGGCCCGGAUGACCUCGAGAGGCUUGUCAUGGCGGCACGGAUGGUUCCAGAAGACGUCAAGAGGUUUGCCUCCAUGGUCAUUGCCAAUGGGAAGCUCCUUUUUAAGCAGAACUGUGAAAAGGGAGAGACCCUGCAAUUGACUCCAAAUGCAAAAUCUAAGCUUGAAAAUUGCAUCCAAUUUCCCCAAAGAGAAACUGAGUCACAGCAAAGGAGUGCUCCUUUUAAUAAACAAAGGGAACCUGGACACUCCCCUGAACUCGUCAAGAAAAACAGGACAAAUGUCUGCGGGCAGAGCCCCAGCUUCCUUACACCCCAAUCCUUGAGUGAGCAGAAUCCAGAGAAGAAGAUUCACCUUUCUGAGCACUGCCGACUCUAUUUUGGGGCUCUCUUCAAAGCCAUCAGUGUAUUCACCAGCAGCCUCAGCAACAGCCAGCCCCCCGAGACGUUCAUCACGCAGAGCAAGCUGACCAUUGUGGUUGGGCAGAAGCUGGUGGACACGCUGUGCCAGGAGACCCAGGAGCGCGACGUGCGGAACGAGAUCCUGUGCCACAGCAGCCACCUCUGCGGCCUGCUCAAGAACCUAGCGCUGGCCACCAAGGACGCUGUGCUCCACUACCCAAGCCCCACAGCCCUGCAGCACCUGCGGGCCCAGGCUGAAAAGCUGGAGCAACACGCACGGCAACUGCGAGCAGCUUUGGACUGA